ACUUUUACGUUUAUUAUGUUCGGUCUGUACUCUUCACUGUACAUUACAAUUCCACAAUUAUGUCAUCCCGGGAGUCUAUGGUUUCCUUCUAGGCCUGUGUCGUGCUGUUAUAUACGAGUCAGCCGUAAUAAUACGUGCAUCAUGGCUGACAGAAGUGCGAGUGGUUCACGGAAGCAUAAAUGGCUGAGUCCACCAGAGAUGUCUCCUAGCAAAUAUUUAAGAAGUGGCGAGUCACGGAGAGUCAGUCACAGCAGAGACCGUGAUGCUGAAAGUCCCAGUCCAUCACAGGAUAGGCGGGUGACAUAUCGCCCCCACGAGAGUACGCCCAGACGCAGGCUGGAUAUAGGCGCUGGUGUUCGCUCCACUGUGAGAGCCAGGAUCAGACAAACUGAUGGCCUGCAAACCCACAGAGAUGACUCCCAGACAGAGACCUCAGAAAAGCGGCUAGACAAAGAGCAUGAUCAUCAGGAAGAGGAAAAUACUGAAGGUAAUUCAAGAUCAGGCUAUGAAGUACAUAAAAUGCGAAACUCAAAAGUCAGUGGGCCAUCCCUUUUAUUCAAGAAAGCCUUCAGUGACAUCCUGGGGACUCCUUGCAGACCCAGGAGAUCGCUGGACAGUGAGACAAGACGUUCCCUGGAAGGAAAGAAGGUAGAGAAAAGAAGUCAUUCUGACCCACAGGAGUCACCACUUACCCCCUUAACUGCAAAAUCCACCAGCUCUGAAAAGAAAGUUGUGGGAGAAAGGAAACAGAGGAGUGAAGACGUAAAGAAAGCCCCCAGCACAAGACGCGUUGUCACCAAUGUCACGCCCACUCAGAAAGCCAAUGUCCUGCCAGAAACCCCCCGACUUGUAUUUCUAGAUGAAAAUUCUGAUGAAGAUGUGGAUAAAACCACUGAUCUGGGGGAGAAGGAUCCUUCUAUUGGUAGUGACUUCUCUGAUAUAGAAGAUGUGGAACCACUAGCCAGAUUUCCUCAAGACAGUGAGGUUUCACCUUGCUGUUCAAUGCAAGACGACAUUAAAACUUCAAAUUACCAAUAUGAAAGUCCAUGGAGACGUUACACAGAGCAGCCCUUGAGCAGUCCAAUUUAUAGGCCAGCAGCAGAACACAACACCUGGCGUCAGAAAGAACAGGACAGCACCUACUUGUCAGAACAUUCCCUUCUGAACAGCAGUUACUUGAGUGUGUCCAGUAAUGAGAGUCCUGUAGAAAAAAGCCGCAAGCGAACCAAUUCUUGGACCUUUGAGCACACAAUUAAAUCCGUUAGAAGGUCUCUAGAGAUUCCUCUUCCUUCGAGCACAGACUCAAAGUUCCUGGAUGGUGGUUUUAUAGACACACAUUGCCACCUUGACAUGCUCUUUGCAAGAUUGUCACACAGGAGUUCCUUUGCAGAUCUUAGGAAGCAGUAUACCUCUACCUUUCCCCAGGAGUUCCAUGGCUGCAUUACUGACUACUGUGAUCCUCGCACUCUGCAAAACCUUCCAUGGCAGCAGGUGCUGAACGAGGACUUGGUCUGGGGGGCAUUUGGCUGUCACCCCCACUUUGCUCAGUAUUAUGAUGACCACCUGCAUGAAGACAUGAUGAUGGCUUUACGGCACCCGAAAGCUAUUGCUUUUGGAGAAAUGGGCCUGGACUAUUCACAUAAAUGUUCCACUAGUAUUCCUGACCAAAUGACGGUCUUUGAGAAGCAGCUGAAGCUGGUGGUGCCUUUGGGGAAGCCCCUGGUCAUUCACUGCCGGGGCGCAGACAAGGACUUGUUCAAAAUAAUGAAAAAAUGGGUUCCCCAGGACUACAAGAUACAUCGACACUGCUUCACUGGCAAGUAUGAAGACAUAGAGCCAUUUCUGAAUGAGUUUCCAAACAUGGCUGUGGGUUUUACUGCCGUCUUGACUUAUCCUUCCGCCUGGGAGGCGCGUGAUGCAGUGGCAAAAAUCCCUUUGGAGAGGCUGAUUGUGGAGACAGAUGCCCCAUUUUUCGUUCCUAAACAGGUGCCUAAACGAGUGUGUAAAUUUGCCCACCCCGGUCUGGCUUUACACACUGUUCAUGAAAUCGCCAGACUCCGAAAUUUACCUGUCAAAACCAUCAUGUCAAAAUUACGGGAAAACACAUACCGGAUAUAUAGUAUAUAAGUGCCUUAUGCUUCCAGUUGCCGCCUUAUUUUAAUGACAUGUGUCUUACUUUUCUCUGGAAACCAGAGAGGGAAAUGUUCUAUCAGAGUUAUUUCUGUUCUGGGUUUGGAAGUCUCUUCUUUUAAGUGGAUGUCUUGUCUGUUAAAAAAGAUGAGAUAUUUUAAGAUUUCAGUUUUAAUUAGGUUUUUUCCUAUAUGAUUGUAAACAGUUGUUUACAUUUGUGUUAUUAAAAAGCAUUUCACCCUUUAAAGUUGACUGGGGAGAAGCUGAAUAUAAUAAAAUAACCAGGAAUUGAUUAUAUCCAUCUGGAUCGGGAGAUUGCAUGUCAAAGUUUGCAUUGCAAUAAUAGGUAGGGCUUUGACAACCUGCAGCAUGUCCUAAGAAAAUAUUGGCAUUGGUGGGACUUGCUUGCUUUUAGGACACUUACAAGGACAAUUCCUUGGGAAUUUGUAUUAAUUCUCUCUGUCUGCUGAUCUUAUUACGGGCAAGAGGUAUUUUCUACACCUCCCAGCAGCAUGUAGUUUCCUUACCCUGCUUGCAGGAUUGCUGUAAAUAUUCACAACCCUACUUACAAAUCUUGUUACCGUAUAUACUCGAGUAUAAGCCGACCCGAGUAUAAGCAGAGACCCCUAAUUUCAACCCAAAAUCCCAGGAAAAGUUAUUGACUCGAGUAUAAGCCUAGGGUGGGAAAUACAUCAUCCCCCCCUGUCAUCAUCCAGACCCGUCAAUAA